AUGUCUCUCACCAACUGCCGCUUCUACGAGGAGAAAUACCCCGAAAUCGACUCCUUCGUCAUGGUCAACGUCAAGCAAAUCGCCGAAAUGGGCGCCUACGUCAAACUGCUCGAAUACGACAACAUCGACGGCAUGAUCUUGCUCUCCGAACUCUCCCGUCGCCGUAUCCGCUCCAUCCAAAAACUCAUCCGCGUCGGGCGGAAUGAGGUCGUGGUCGUGCUGCGUGUUGACAAGGAGAAAGGGUACAUCGAUCUCUCGAAGCGCAGAGUGAGCCCGGAGGAUAUUGUGAAGUGCGAGGAGAGGUACAAUAAGAGCAAGAUGGUGCAUAGCAUUAUGCGACAUGUGGCGGAGAAGACCAACACGCCGCUCGAGGAGCUGUAUCAGGAUAUUGCGUGGCCGUUGAACAAGAAGUACGGACAUGCGGUGGAUGCGUUCAAACUCAGCAUCACGAACCCGAAUGUAUGGGAUGAGGUGACCUUCAAGAGCUCUGUGAUCAAGGACGAGCUGGUUGGCUACAUCUCGAAGCGCCUCACGCCGCAGCCGACCAAGGUGCGCGCGGACGUGGAGGUGACGUGCUUCGGGUACGAUGGGAUUGAUGCCGUGAAGGAGGCGCUGCGGACGGCGGAGGCGAAGAGCUCGGAGCAGGCGCAGGUCAAGGUGCGGCUGGUUAGCCCUCCGCUGUACGUGUUGACGUCGCAGACGUUGGACAAGCAGAUUGGGAUUGAUGUGUUGAACGAGGCCAUCAAGGAGGUGGAUGCGAAUAUCAGGGCUGCGGGGGGGCUGUGUGCGAUCAAGAUGGCGCCGAAGGCGGUGACGGAGAAUGAUGAUGCGGAGCUGCAGGCGCUGAUGGAUAAGCGGGAGAGGGAGAACCAGGAGGUCAGCGGUGAUGAGGACGAGAGCGAGAGUGAUGAGGGCGUUGUGGCCGCGGAGUAA